UCAACCUCCAUAUUCAAGAGAUCAUAACUGGUAAUUAAGCCAUCUCUUCCAAAACACUCUUUCCUUUCUUCUCUAAGUAUUAGUCCUAAGUUCCCCUCCACUCACUUGUUCAAUGACAUUUCUGACUUCCAAAAUGCACAAACACACUCUAGUUGCCCUGAUUUGGGCUUUGCUUAUUCUUCCUAACAUUUUAGGUGUUUCCCAAGGGCAACUAGGAGUUGGCUUCUACUCAAAAACAUGUCCCACUGCUGAAUCUAUCAUCCACAAAGUUGUUCAGAAAGCAGUGGCUGACAGUCUUAGGAAUGCUGCAUUAUUGCUAAGGCUUCAGUUCCAUGACUGCUUUGUUGAAGGCUGUGAUGGGUCGAUUCUGAUAAAAAAUGUUGCGGAUGGUGAGUUAAAAGCACGAGGAAACUUGGGAGUGCAAGGUUUUGACAUCAUAGAGAGCGCCAAAGCACGGUUGGAAAAUCUGUGCCCUGGAGUUGUUUCUUGCGCAGACAUCGUGGCUUUAGCUGCGAGAGAUGCUGUAUCCUUGGUUAAGGGGCCAUUUUAUGAUGUUCCAACCGGCCGCAGAGAUGGACGGCUCUCAAGGAUGUCCCUGGCUGAAAACUUGCCUGAUGUUGAUGAUUCAAUCCAUGUUCUCAAAUCCAAAUUUAGGGCAAAGGGUCUUUCUGAUAAAGACCUUGUUCUUUUAAGUGGUGGUGCGCAUACAAUUGGGCUUACAGCCUGUUUCUUCAUGCAACAUAGACUCUACAACUUCACCCCAGGGGGAGGCUCUGAUCCAGCAAUUAACCCUCGCUUCCUACCACAGCUCAAAGCUCAUUGCCCCUUAAAUGGAGAUGUCAAUGUCCGAAUACCUCUUGAUUGGGCGACUCAAAAUGUAUUCGAUGUCCAUAUCCUGCGCAAUAUCAGAGAUGGAACCGCUGUGAUAGCAUCCGAUGCUAGGCUCUACGAUGACAGAGAGACCAGGCAAAUACUUGACUCUUAUAUCAGCUCUAAUGGUUCUGGAACAAGGCCAUCUUUUAAUGCGGAUUUUGCUAAAGCAAUGGUGAAGAUGGGAAACAUUGGGGUGAAAACUGGCUCACAAGGAGAGAUUCGGCGAGUUUGCAGUGCUGUUAAUUGAUCAGUUCACUGGAAAUUAUGAAGCUAGCUGAUAUAGUAGGUAUGCCAUUGUAGGGUAUAUAAAUUAAGGCAGAUUGUGUACUUUGUAUGCCCAAAGGCCUAGUUCAAGGAAUUUAUCCAUGAGGGGCCUGAUGGGAGUUAAUUACGAAGAAAUGAACUUCAAUUUUUGAUACUGGUGGGAGUUUCUUGAGCGAUCAUGAAG